AUGGCGAGUAAUCCAAACAAUAGAAGAGACCAACAUCCUCAACGAAGACAAAGUCGAGAGGAACGACGCCAACAGGAAUUUAAUAAUGCAGACAAUCAGCGGAGACAACAAAGGCAAGCAGAGCUUUCGGCAAGAAGAAGAAUUCCCUUUGGAGUUCCUUCCCAAAGUGAUGGUGCCUCCGAUACCUCUUCGACUGGUUCUACUUCAACAAACCAAAGUAGAUUAAAUAGCCAAGUACUCGGAGUUCUUGAACCUAGGUUAAGAGAAACUAUUGUUGGUCAAGAUACUGAUAGUCAUAUUAGAGAAUCUCAGGAACGUAAUCAGGAUUUUAAUCAAGCAUUAUUAGAGACAGUUGAUGCAAGUAUGAGACGGACAGGCCGACCUCCUCGUUUUACUGAGCAAUAA